AUGGAUUCUCUUCGAUUCAACCUACGACAAUCUCCAAUUCAAUUGAAAGCGCGACUUAUCCGACCAAGAGUCACUAACAUGUCGAACCAAACCGACCCGCGACCAUCAUCCUCGGCCGGUAAGAUCCAACGGUUAGUACUCAAUAAUGAGGGUCGGACAAAACUAAACGUCGAUCCCGACCGUGAAUUCUAUUCAUACCCACGGUUCGUGAACCACGUGGACGACCGAUUCAUAUCCUCAUUAACCGAGCUAUAUAGAAACCAGUUAAGACCCGGUUCGAUGGUAUUAGACUUGAUGAGCUCAUGGGUAAGCCAUUUACCAGAAGAGGUGAAGUACGAGAAAGUAGUGGGACAUGGUCUAAACGCACAGGAGCUUGCGAGAAACCCUAGACUCGAUUACUUCUUCGUCAAGGAUCUUAACGAGGAUCAGAGAUUCGAGUUCGAAGACAAGUAUUUCGACGCGGUUUUAUGUUCUGUCGGUGUGCAAUAUCUGCAGCAACCAGAAAAGGUGUUUGCGGAAGUGUAUAGAGUGUUGAAACCGGGAGGUGCGUUGAUAGUGAGUUUUAGCAAUCGGAUGUUUUAUGAGAAAGCUAUUAAGGCUUGGAGAGAUGGUACAGAGUACGGUCGGGUGCAAUUGGUGGUUCAGUACUUUCAGUCUAUCCAAGGCUUUACUCAGCCGGAGAUCAUUCGACAGCAGCCGCCUGGUCGAGCCGGCGGUGGAGGUCCUGAGAAACCGGUUUUCAAUUGGUUUAUGGGUUUCAUUGGUUUAGCUUCUACGCCGGACCCUUUUAAUGCUGUGGUUGCUUAUAAGAAUUUCAAGCCUCUGUAUGAGUAA